AGUCUCAGCCCUGCCCAUCCCGGUCCCAGCCUGUCUCCCUCCCUCCCGCUCGCUCGCUCGGUGCUGGGUCCCUGCAGCCGCUACCACUCUCCCUACCCGCCACCGGCGCACCGAGCCCAGCGGCGUGAGCCGAGCCACCAGCCACUCCAGGGAGGGGGGGAGACCGUGAGCAAUCGGCCCACCCCAACCAACCGGGGCGGGAUCCCCUGAAACUCCGGAGGGACCCCUGACUCUCAGCCACGUCUGGAUCUCCGCCCGCCCGGCGACGGCCACUGCCAGGACGUCCCCCCUGCAGGUUGGCCUGUCCGCGCGCGCUGCAGGGACGCCGGGACCACACCUGAGCCCUGCGCGCCCGCAUGGGCCACCGCUGAGGGACCCCGGACGGAGAGUGCAGCGAGCGGAGUCGGUGUGCACCCGCCCAGGGGAGGGUCAGACCUGGGGGGGCUAGGGCCCCCCAAGCUCGGAUCGGAUCCAACCAAAGUGAGGCGGCGCCAUGGAGCUCCGGGCGCUGCUGUGCUGGGCUUCGGUCGCUACCGCUUUAGAAGAGACUCUACUGAAUACAAAACUGGAAACCGCAGAUCUGAAAUGGGUGACAUACCCACAAGCGGAUGGUCAGUGGGAGGAGCUGAGUGGUUUGGAUGAGGAACAACACAGCGUGCGCACCUAUGAGGUGUGCGACGUGGCACGCUCUGGAGGCCAGGCACGCUGGCUGCGCACCGGCUGGGUACCGCGGAGUGGAGCCGUGCAUGUGUAUGCCACACUGCGCUUCACCAUGAUGGAGUGUCUAUCCCUGCCACGGGCCAGUCGAUCCUGCAAAGAGACCUUCACAGUGUUCUACUAUGAAAGCGAAGCUGAUACAGCCACAGCCCACACACCGGCCUGGAUGGAGAACCCCUACAUUAAGGUGGAUACAGUGGCUGCCGAGCACCUAACCCGGAAGCGCCCUGGAGCAGAAGCAACUGGGAAGGUCAACAUCAAGACGCUGCGCCUGGGUCCGCUCAGCAAAGCUGGUUUUUACCUCGCUUUCCAGGACCAGGGUGCCUGCAUGGCCUUGCUCUCUCUGCACCUAUUCUACAAGAAGUGUUCCCAGCUGACUAUGAACUUGACCUACUUCCCAGAGACAGUGCCUCGGGAGCUCGUGGUACCUGUGGCAGGGAGCUGUGUGGCUGACGCCGUCCCUGCCCCUGGCCCCAGCCCCAGUCUCUACUGCCGGGAAGAUGGACAGUGGGCUGAGCAACCUGUCACAGGCUGCAGCUGUGCCCCAGGAUUCGAGGCUGCUGAGGGAAACAAAAUAUGUAGAGCCUGUGGCCAGGGCACCUUCAAGCCUCAGACAGGAGAGGGGUCCUGCCAGCCAUGCCCAGCCAACAGCCACUCUAACACCAUUGGAGCUCCUGUCUGCCAGUGCCGUAUAGGGUAUUAUCGGACUCGGUCAGACCCUAGGAAUGCGCCUUGCACCACCCCACCAUCUGCUCCACGAAGUGUGGUUCCCCAUCUGAAUGGCUCCUCCCUGCGCCUGGAAUGGAGUGCCCCCCUGGAGUCUGGUGGCCGACAGGACCUCACUUAUGCCAUUCGUUGCCGAGAGUGCCGUCCUGGGGGCUCCUGCUUGCCCUGUGGGGUGGAUCUGACCUUUGACCCUGGUCCUCGGGACCUCACUGAGCCCUGGGUAUCCAUUCGAGGGCUGCGUCCUGACGUCACCUAUACCUUUGAGGUCUCUGCCUUGAAUGGUGUGUCUACCUUAGCCUCUGGACCAGUCCCAUUUGAACCUGUCAAUGUCACCACAGACCGUGAGGUGCCCCCUGCAGUGUCUGAUAUCCGUGUGACCCGGUCAUCUCCCAGCAGCCUGAGCCUGGCAUGGACUGUUCCCAGAGCACCCAGUGGGGCUGUACUGGACUACGAGGUCAAGUAUCACGAGAAGGGCGCAGAGGGCCCCAGCAGUGUACGCUUCUUAAAGACAUCAGAAAACCGGGCUGAGCUCAGAGGGCUGAAGCGGGGAGCCAGCUAUCUGGUUCAGGUUCGGGCACGCUCCGAAGCUGGCUAUGGCCCCUUUGGGCAGGAGCAUCACAGUCAGACCCAGAUGGACGAAAGUGAGAGCUGGCGGGAGCAGCUGGCCCUGAUUGCAGGCACAGCAGUCGUGGGUGUGGUGCUGGUCCUUGUGGUGGUUGUCAUCGCUGUCCUCUGCCUCCGGAAGCAGAGCAAUGGGAGGGAAGCAGAAUACUCAGAUAAACAUGGGCAGUAUCUCAUCGGGCACGGUACUAAGGUCUACAUUGACCCCUUCACUUACGAGGACCCUAACGAGGCAGUGAGGGAAUUUGCCAAAGAGAUUGACGUCUCCUAUGUCAAGAUUGAAGAGGUAAUUGGAGCAGGUGAGUUUGGUGAGGUAUGCCGGGGACGACUAAAGGCACCAGGAAAGAAGGAGAGCUGUGUAGCCAUCAAGACCCUAAAGGGUGGCUACACAGAGCGGCAGCGGCGUGAGUUCCUGAGUGAAGCAUCCAUCAUGGGUCAGUUCGAGCACCCCAACAUCAUCCGCCUUGAGGGUGUUGUCACCAACAGUGUACCUGUCAUGAUUCUCACUGAAUUUAUGGAGAAUGGAGCCCUGGACUCCUUCCUACGGCUGAACGAUGGGCAGUUCACAGUCAUCCAGCUGGUGGGCAUGUUGCGGGGCAUCGCCUCAGGCAUGCGGUACCUGGCUGAGAUGAGCUAUGUCCACCGAGACCUGGCUGCCCGUAACAUCCUGGUCAACAGCAACCUAGUCUGCAAGGUCUCUGACUUUGGCCUCUCCCGAUUCCUGGAGGAGAACUCUUCUGAUCCUACUUACACAAGCUCCCUGGGAGGAAAGAUUCCCAUCCGGUGGACAGCCCCUGAGGCCAUUGCCUUCCGGAAGUUCACAUCUGCCAGUGACGCUUGGAGCUAUGGGAUCGUCAUGUGGGAGGUCAUGUCAUUUGGGGAAAGGCCAUAUUGGGACAUGAGCAACCAGGAUGUGAUCAACGCCAUUGAACAGGACUACCGGCUGCCCCCACCCCCAGACUGCCCAACCUCCCUUCAUCAGCUCAUGCUGGACUGUUGGCAGAAGGACCGGAAUGCCCGGCCUCGCUUUCCCCAGGUGGUCAGUGCCCUUGACAAGAUGAUCCGGAAUCCUGCUAGCCUCAAGAUUGUAGCCAGGGAGAAUGGCGGGGCCUCGCAUCCACUCUUGGACCAGCGGCAGCCUCACUACUCUGCUUUUGGCUCUGUGGGAGAGUGGCUCCGAGCCAUCAAGAUGGGAAGAUACGAGGAAAGUUUUGCAGCGGCUGGGUUUGGCUCCUUUGAGGUGGUCAGCCAGAUUUCUGCAGAGGACCUGCUCCGAAUUGGAGUCACUCUGGCAGGACACCAGAAGAAAAUCUUGGCCAGUGUCCAGCAUAUGAAGUCCCAGGCCAAGCCAGGAGCCCCUGGUGGGACAGGAGCACCAGCUCAGCAAUACUGAUUCCAAGAACUCAACAGCCCAGGGACAUGGCCUCCCCUUCUUCCUGGGGCAGAGUUGGGUGGGGACUCAGAGAGAACCCCAAUUUCAGCGCCCCAUUGGAUUGCACUUUGAACCCGUGGGGGUGGGGAGUUGGCAAUCUUGGAGACACAGAAUUUGGGAAGUUGUGCCGUAUUGGAUUGGUAGAAAUCAUAUCAGGUACCCUCCAGGUGGGGAACCCUGAAACCCAGGGUGAACCUUUUCCUCAUGACUGAGAAAGGAAGAGCCCAUAAUCUCUCAUGUUCCUCAGAGGGCUCCUGAGGUGCUCCCCCUCCACCUCGAUGGACAUGUCCCUGCAGACCAAAGAGAGGGUGACCAGCCUGCCAGCUCCAGAGUGGAGAACGCUGUCCCCAGAGAGGGUAUCCAUGACCCAGUGAAGUAGUCAUUGGGCUUCGAUGUCCCAACUCGCUGCUGUCACCACCAAACGCAAUCUUUUCCCCUUGUAAAUGUCUGUCCCCUCAUCUGCCUUCAUAUUGAAGGUUCUGAAUUUUUACUAUUUUUGUUUUUCGUCUUAUUUUUUUCUCCUUCCCCUUUUUAUUUUUACUUUUUUUUUUCUACCAUCCCUUGUCCAAAUUUUGUGUGUUGAAGGCACCUGUUUUCCACUGUCUCCUGUUGGAAGCAGGGAGCCACUAAUAUAUCUGUUUCCAGAAUAGUGCCUUGGAAAUGCCACAAUGCCAGACAGUUCCUGUCUUCUUCCCUCUCCUUCAAGUAUCCCCAAGCUGUGUCCAUGUGUAGGGGAGGGGGGCCAGAUAGUAAAAGGGGCAGGGGAUGGUGGUUUUCAACAGAGGCAGACACCGGUGCUUGGAGGGGGUUCUUAAAUUAUAUUUAAAAAAAACAUUUUUUUGUAUAAAUAAAAGAAAAUGGAACGUCUCA